AUGAAUAUCACGUCUUUUCAAAUAGUCAAUGGCGUUGAAUUUAGCGAGUGGUCCUGUUUUUCGCCUUGCAACAAAGAUUGUGUUAAGAAAAGGCAAAGAUAUUGUUUCUCUUCAAACCACGCGGACUGUCCUGGACCAUCGUCGCAUGGCGUGGAAUCUCAAUGGCAGAAUUGCACGAACGAGGAAUGUUACGCUCCUGUUGCUGGUCAUUGGGGUCGCUGGUCCUCUUGGACAGAAUGCAAUGAAAAUUGCAAGCGUCAUCGAUCAAGAAAAUGUUCAGAUCCCGCCCCGAUGCAUGGCGGGAACGACUGCCCAGGGGUUGGGAAAGAAGAAAAAGAUUGCUACGCCAACAGUACAUGCAACCCAGAUAACUGUGAUUUUACGCGCGGUAGUUACUGUCAUUGGACCCGUUAUAAAAACAUGGAUUAUUUCUGGCAAGCACAUAAAGGAUCAACACCAACCGGGAGCACUGGUCCAAAUCAAGACCAUACUACUGGCACGGGCCAUUACAUUUUUACCGAGGCCAGCUUCCCUGCCAAGGAGAACGACACAGCACUCCUAACAAGCAAACUGUUUCCACCCUCGCAAUGUCGUUGCAUUUCCUGGUACUAUCACAUGUAUGGCCGCUCAAUGGGAGAACCCAGCGUGUACAUUAAAGACCCUGUGGGUUCUAAGAGGAUAACUAUGGGAUGAGAAAGG